UUUACAUCAAUCAAGGAGAACACAAUGUCUGUAGCACAAAUCUUCGAGAGAGUUGACAAGAACAAGGACGGGAAAAUAUCAUGGGAUGAAUUCGCCGAGGCUAUUCGCGUUUUCUCUCCAGAAAUAACGUCCGAAGAAAUUGAUAAGAUGUUCAGAGUGCUUGACACUGACGGUGACAACCAAAUUGACGAGGUGGAGUUUGCUUCCUGCUUGAUGCUUAACGGGGAAGGAGAAGAGGACGAUGAAGAAGUUCAUCUGAGAGAAGCUUUCGAUUUGUAUGAUAAGGAUCGUGAUGGAAAGAUAUCAGCAAGUGAGAUUCAUAUGGUAUUGAAGGGUCUUGGAGAGAAGAAAACAAUGGAGGAAUGCGUUGCAAUGGUUCGAGCCGUUGAUAAAAAUGGCGAUGGUUUUGUGGACUUUGAAGAGUUUAAGAUUAUGAUGACUUCUAACAACAAGUCGCUCUGA